AUGAAAUAUAAUUGCUCUUCUUUCUCUGUUUAGCACUUUCAGACCAUGUUAAAGACCAAGUUGAAUGUCUUAACUCUUCGGAAAGAGCCUCUCCCGACAGUGAUCUUCCACGAACCAGAAGCCAUUGAGCUGUGCACCACAACUCCCCUCAUGAAGACCCGGACUCACACUGGAUGCAAGGUUACAUAUUUGGGUAAGGUUUCCACAACAGGGAUGCAAUUUUUGUCAGGCUGCACAGAGAAACCAGUCAUUGAAUUAUGGAAGAAGCACACGCUCGCCAGGGAGGAUAUUUACCCAGCUAACGCCCUUCUGGAAAUUCGCCCUUUCCAAGUCUGGCUGCAUCAUCUGGACCUCAAAGGCGAGGCAACAGUCCACAUGGAUACCUUUCAGGUAGCACGUAUAGCCUACUGCACUGCUGACCACAACGUCAGCCCAAAUAUCUUUGCUUGGGUCUAUCGGGAGAUCAACGAUGACUUGUCCUACCAGAUGGACUGCCAUGCUGUAGAGUGUGAGAGCAAGCUGGAGGCCAAGAAGCUGGCCCAUGCCAUGAUGGAGGCCUUUAAGAAGACUUUUCACAGCAUGAAAAGCGAUGGCCGGAUCCACAGGAACAGCUCGUCAGAGGAAGUGUCUCAUGAAUUUGAAUCUGACGAUGGCUGACUGAACUCAUUCACGGUUCAGUAAAGGCAGAAAUGGCCUAGGGAAUGAGAGCUGAUAGAUGAAUAAGCAACAAUUGAAAUUGGGGAAUGAAAGGACUGCCAAACACUUGUCUGACCAGCUUUUAAAAUCAAAAGAGCAAUUCAGUACCUACAGAUAUGCGUCAUUAAAGUAAUUAUGUUACAUUGAAAUCUGCUGCUGUUGUAAAAGUGAGAAAAAAGCUCCCUCCCCCAUCUCUCUCACCCACCCAUCACUGUCCCUUUCUUGUCUCUGUAGUUCAGGUGCAUACCAUGAAGUAAAGUCAUUCCUGUUUGUCUUAUAAGACUGGUCAGACAAUUUUAUUAGUUGCUCCUCUGGCAUUCCUAGCUGGGGGCUGAUGCUGAUGCAUAAGAGCAAGUAGACCUGGAAAGCCCUAA